AUGCUCCCCCUCGUGCUGUUGAAAACAGCACAAGGACACCCCGUGCUCAUAGAAUUGAAGAGUGGCGAGACAUACAAUGGACACCUCGUGCUGUGUGAUACUUGGAUGAACAUCCACUUGCGGGAGGUCAUCUGCACCUCCAAGGAUGGGGACAGGUUCUGGCGCAUGCCUGAAGCAUACGUGCGCGGCAACACCAUCAAGUACCUUCGAGUUCCUGACGAGGUCAUUGACAAGGCCAAGGAGGAGACGCUCCGGAGGGAUGGUGAGCUUCGUUGUGGUGAUGCCUUCCUGAUUGGGGGCGCUGGGAUCACCUGUCACGGGCGUGAGGAUCGCCAGCUGCAUCCCUCUGUUGUUCCCUGUCCGGACGUGUCUCGUGUUGUUCCAUCAGGUGCUUGUUGGUUGCACUGCAGACAUUCCUUCCACAAGCCCAUCCUCCAUCCCCCCUCUACUGCUGCAGAGAAGCGACCGAGUGUCGGCAGCAGGGGACGCGGCCGGGGGCCGGGCCGAGGGGGCCGGGACGGUGGCGGCGGCAGGGGAGGACGGGACGGCGGCGGCGGCAGGGGAGGCCGAGAUGGCGGCGGCGGCAGGGGAGGCCGGGGUGCCCCCAAUGGUGGCAGAGGGGGCGGUGGCGGGUGGGGUCCCCCCGCAGACCUACAGUAG